AUGGAGCCGCAGAAGCAGAAGUAUGGACGCGUCACACCGCGCUUCACCGACGCGCUGCUGUUCACCAAGAAGCUAUCCAGCAGCGCUAGCAACUCCUCCCUCGGCUGCUACUCCGAUGCGUCUAACGGAAACGAGCAGGAGAGGAAACAGCAGCGACUCUUGGAUAAGAGCAACUACGGCGCGGCGAACGACCCGUAUGCGGCGCUCGUCGGCAACGCGGCGGAGGUGCGGCGGCGCGUUCACCGCGCUAACGGCAUCACCGCACGCCUCCGCGACAUGUUGCAAGAGAUGACGCGGCCCCAGCAGCAGCAGGGGUAUGAGCAACAUCAGCAGGAGCCGCAAGGUGAGGGACUAGAGAAGCUCUACUUGGAUUUUGAAGCGGAAUUCACCGCGGCGCUACAGGCCAUGAGGGCGAUGCGCUACUUUGGCGCGCUGACGGAAGAGGAGAAACUGGCGAUGCCCAUCACACGCGCUGCCUUCAUUGCGUCACGCACCAAUCUCAUGCAUGUCCACAGGAAUCAGCACGAGCUGUUGUCACGGCUGCUCUACACGGCGUGGAAACAGCAAUACCGGCUGCGGCACGACGUGGUCCGGCGGGACGGUGGUGCACAAUGCCCGUUCAAGCACGCUUCCUCCUUCCCCUCUAGGCUCUACACGGUCAGCAACACCCACAGCGGUGCCUCCUGGUCGUUGGAGGAGUCGAAAAUCUGCGGCAUCACCAGUAGUUAUGACAACAGCGAUGCGAAGGAUGGCAACGAGGUACAUGAUGACAUGGAGCCGCUGCGUGUUCUUCUGCAGAAACUGCAGGGCAUUGUGCUAACGCAGCAGGAAAGCCUCCGACGCCUAGAGGCACGAAUGGCGGGCACAGCCUCGAAAGAUGAAGUAAAGGCUGCCCACAAGACGAUUGAGUCGCACCGACGCUCCCGGCCGCCCACAUCUGGAUGUUGCUGCUCCAUGUGA